AUGCCGCUCUACGACUGUAUGCUUCUGUUCAAGCCAAUCAUCCGGAAGGAAGGGCUCAUCGAUCUCGUAGCGCGCAUCGGGAAACACGUUUACAGCAGAAAUGGCGUCCUCACCGAGAUCAAAUCCUUUGGCAAGGUCGAAUUGGGUUACGGUAUUAAGAAGCUCGACGGAAGACACUAUCAGGUUUUAGUUGAAUUCUUGAAGCAACAUCGUCCUGAUUGUGAAUAUCUGAUUCAUACUAGUCACUAA